AUGCAAUCUUUUGCAGACAUAUUGAUAACCACUGUUCUUGAAACUGCUCAGGUCUCAGAAAAAGUUGUCUGGCUGUAUGGUGACAGAGGAAGGCUGUGGUUAUUUGUCUUCAGCUCUGAGUUCAAACCCCUCACACCUGAGAGAGCUGGAUCUGAGCUACAAUCACCCAGGACAAUCAGGAGUCCAGCUGCUCAAACACAAACUGGAGGAUCCAAACUGUUCACUGCAGAUUCUCAAUUUGGACCAUGGAGGCCUUUUAGAAUCACUCCGGGACUGAGAAAAUAUGCCUGUGACUUCACACUGGAUCCAAACACAGCAAACACUUGCAUCAUUCUGUCCGAUGAGAACAGAACAGCAACAUAUGUGAAAGAGCCACAGCCAUAUCCUGAUCAUCCAGAGAGAUUUGUUGGUGGUGAGCGGGUUCUGUGUGGAGAGGGUCUGGAUGGACGCUGUUACUGGGAGGUUGAAUGGAGUGGCUGGGGUCAUGCAGCAGUGGCAUAUAAAGGAAUCAGAAGGAAGGGAGGCAGUAACUGUAGGUUUGGAUAUAAUGACAAAUCCUGGAGUCUGGACUGCUCCGAUAGCAAAUACACUGUCUGGCACAAUAAUAAACGAACUGACUUAUCUGCUCCUUCACCCCUAUCUAACAGAGUAGGAGUGUAUGUGGACGUGCCGUCUGGCAUUUUGUCCUUCUACAGCGUCUCUGACACACACACACUCACACACUUAGACACAUUCAACACCACAUUCACUGAACCCCUCUAUGCUGGAUUCAGGGUUUAUGAGUCCUCACUGACUCUGUGUCAAAUUACACAAUCAAGACACAGCCUAUAACUAACAGAUACUCAAUUUCAAACUGAUUACACUCAAAAGUAAAGCAUUAUAACCUGGAGUUAAUUUUUAUGGUGAUUAUUUUCACUUUUAUCUUAUAGUGAAAAGUUACUUUUCAGUUUUUUUUGUUUUUUUUUUUACUAGAAUGAAAAACUUUGGUAAAAAUUUUACCUAAUUUGACUCACCAUAGCCUCUCAGUGGACAGUUCUCUUUGUACUGUACUAACGGUGUUGUUUACCUAUGCAUUUAAGCUAUGAAUAUUUUCUUCUGGGACUUCUGGGAUUGACAUCAGUGUUUAUUUUUACAAAUUAUAAAUGUUUUGGCCAGGAAUUAUGAUGAGAGAAUUUUUGGGGGAGGAAAGUGUGCCUUUAACUGUCUCUUAUCUGCAUGCUAGGCCCAUGCCACAGAAGAAAGCUGUAAUGGCACUAUACUCUGUAAUUGGAAGUAAUGUUAAUGUUAUAUAAUUUAGGAGUUUAUUUUUAUUUGAUCUCUUUGUUUAUUUUUACAGGUAGUUCAAAUGGGCUAUUCAGUGUUACAUUUUCUGUACUUUCUUUUACAAACUAAUAAAAUGA